CAAUCGCACCACAACAAGUCAUAGAGCAGGACAGUCACAAUGACGGCCACAGCUUCGCCCGCUAACCCGGAGAAGGGGGACAGCUUCUCGGAAAAGGGCGUGUACAUCUCGGAGAAGACAGACUAUAUCUCGGAGAAAAACGAUGACAUCCCGGACAAGAACGAAUACAUCCCGGGCAAGACCAACUCCAUAUCGGACAAGGGCGGCGAUAAUCUGGAAACGGACAGCGAUCCCUCGACAAUAUGGACCAAAGUCAGGGCUGCUGACCGCUUCUGGGCGCACAAGUCCGCGAUCCGAGCACUACAGUGUCUCGUCGCUCUCAUCGGUUUCUGUUGUGCAGCGUGGAUCCUUGAAAACACAGGCAGUAAAUACACCAGCAGUUGGAUUUACAGUCAACUCCCCCAUUUUGACGACUUCAGGAUUGGCACCGUCGCGGUACCUAUUUUUGUCUUGUCGCUCGUAUGGGGUCUUUUCGACCUUGGAUUCCGGUUCUGGCGCAAGCAAGGACGGCCGACCCACCCAGCCGUCGUCGCCGUCGCCGAUCUGCUUCUCUGGCUUACCAUGAUCGUUGCGAUUGUUUAUGCGGUCGUCGGAGUAAUUCGCAUGCAAGGAUUUGGCCAUGACAAGAUCGAUGGCAGCGAGGUCCUCUAUGACGAGACCAUCCACGUAUCUCACGAGGGUGUCCAUUCCUGGGGCCAGUAUAAUCGAGAUGCCAACACCGACACGUGGUCAUAUGUUGUCAAAGGGGUCUUUGUCGACCAGGCACGCCAGGGUUACAACCACACCACGGGUUCGUGGUUCACCUGGCCGUAUACGGGCCCGAGGUUCCUCACCGCAGAGUACGAUGACUCUCUGGGCUCGUGGGUCCUUGAGAAUGGCACGACCCUUGCAGAAGUACGUCGGUGCAAAGACGAACACGCCUAUCCAACUUGCGAGGAGCAAGAGAGGCUCGUCACCGAACUGUGGCGCAACAAACCUACCCAAGUGGCAGUCGGGAAAGUGAUUGCCGUGAUGGCUUCCUUGGCAUUGAUCCUCCACUUUGCGCUCUUCGUGAGGGCUUUUAUCGAAGCGAUUCGUCGAAGACAGGAGGACAAGAUCGAGAAGCUGAGGGCUGCUGCAAAAUUUGGGCUUGAAGGCAAGGAUUACGAGGAGCAACCGGACUGGAUGCAGCGUGAGGGGGGUUACAGGUAAUAGCGCAGGGGAAUCCUGGAAGCUGAGUACGAUUUUCAAGGCUGUCGAUGAGUUGUUAUUUUUUUUUUCUUCCAAGGACCUAUGUAGUAGAGGACGACGAACAUCAAAUCAAGGCGGACGAUAAUCCAAGCAAUGUACAAGAUGUAGAUAUUAGGUACAGACUUCUGUCCAAUGCACGCUUGACAACUGGCGCCUAGCCGCUGGCCUUUGCGACGCCUGGUAAGGAAAGACC